CCCAAAGUUUUCCUGACACGAAUUUUGACAACUUUUUCAAGACUUUACAUAACAUUUCUCCCCGCAUGAGUCAACGUGUAGACGCUGCUCCGUCUGAAAAAGUGAUGCGCUCUCCAGUUUGGGAUUAGAAAUCACUUGAUCAUCAAAACAAGCAUGUCUGUCUCUGGCGACUGGAGAGAAAAGUUUGGGGAUGCGGAUCAACCGCAGCUGAGGACGCGCACAGCGCAGGUCUGUCUGCCCUUCAGCGUGGAGGCGCUUAUGUCCAGCAGCAGCAGACAACAGAGAUUGACGGACGGACAGGAGGGUAAGGGUCGAUUUUUGGAGGACCACGAGGAUCGCAGGUCGGACAACUUUUCCACUAGAUUAAUAUCGAUCAAAUCAGAGCCACCGGGACAAGAGGACCGUGCGCCUUGGAAAUCCAGUUCUGCAAAGGAGAUAUUAGUGCCUCCACGUAAGUGUCAUGUGCAUUUUAUAGAGGCGGGUUUACAAAAAAUUAAUGUUGGCAGGAAGUGAUUAAAGUGUUGACGUGUCUGAAAUGAUCGAAAAGCCCAAUAGAAAGUAUAUUAGAAAUCACAGUGUUAGGAUGAAUGUUUUCUGUAGGUGCCAAAUAAAAUCAAAAAGAGAGAGAACUUAACCUGAUCAAUGUGCAUAUUAAUGUAAACUUUUGCUCUUGCCAUGCAAGAACAAACAGUCAUGUCUCAUGUCAUUCACAAUAUUUCAACAUUUUUCUGUUUGGGACAACACUUGGCCUCUGUUUUAUGAAAAUGAUUAUUUUUCUUUUUCAUUAACCUUUAAAACCACAAAGUUUGCUUUUGUAUUGGUGCAUAUAGGACUUGCAGAGGACAAUCAUUUGAACUACAGCAGAUAAAAAAUCAUAUUAAUUUUCAUUAAAUUCAUGAAUCAUUAUCAAACUUGUUUCCGGGUAAUUUUAUAUCCAAGGACCAAAUGAUUAAUUAGCUCUGCUCCAGUGAUAUUGAAAUAACAUUAACUAAAUAGAAAAUAAGCUUUGGGCUGUACUUCUUACUCAACCAAGUUUGUCAUGUUUCUUUUGUUUUUUAGGGCAGUGGAGUCCAGCGGCGUGUCCAUUGAGGAAGCAUAAAACCAACCGCAAGCCUCGCACCCCUUUCACCACCACACAACUGCUGGCCCUGGAGAGAAAGUUUCAUCAGAAGCAGUACCUGUCCAUCGCAGAACGGGCUGAAUUCUCCUCAUCCCUGACUCUGUCUGAGACCCAGGUCAAGAUCUGGUUCCAAAACCGUAGAGCUAAAGCCAGGAGGCUCCGGGAGGCGGAGGUGGAGAGAGUCAAAAUAGCUGCCGGGCCCAAAGCUGUGUUCAACCCAGGCUUCUCAUCCUUCACUUUCCCCUUCAAUCUUAACCUGCAGGUGGGACCAACAGCGCUCUAUGGACUGGGCUGUGGCCCCAUUUUCCCCUCUACACAUCUGGCGAUGUACGCUUCUCAGGUCGGCCUGUUCCACCUCUCCUGAGAGGGACCAGCAAGUUAACAAAGUGCUGUUGAUAUGGAUGGAUGUCUUUAAAAGAAGCAGCAGCGUAGCAUAUGUGUUACACCGUUUACAAGACUAGAUUUGGGACUCUGAAGGGGGACUGAAGAUUUAUGAUUUAACUUGGUCUGAACUCGCAAGCAGGUUUUAGCAACUUCCUUAUGAUUUUUGCAGAGAAUCUAUUGAAGACAAACAAACAAAAAUUUUUAAUGCUGAUUUGACAGGAGUGACCAAACAAAGGUGUUUAUCGCAGAAGUGUCCUGAAUACCAAAACUAUUGAUAUAAACUUUUAUUCAUGAAGCUUUGUGCAAAAUCAUGUGGUUGCAUGUGAAAUAUGUGUGAUGCAUGUUUUUGCACAUGAAAAAUAAAACUUUAGAUCAUUUAUGUACAUACAGAUUAUAAGUCUUCAACAUGCUCCAUAUUUUUGCAUCGUGGGAGGAACACACAAAAUUCAUGUUUUUAGUUCACAACAGCUUUGCUCUGUCAUUUUUUUUACUUGAAUUGUACUUGUAGUUCCAGCACUAUUUUAUUUUUUACAAACACAGCAGUCUUGAAUAUAAAGGGACAUUUUAUAUAGCCAUCCUCUUCGACUAAUGAGAGGCUUCAAUGGAGAAAUGACACGUGCAAGCUUAGUAACAAGUCAAAGCAUCCCUGAAAUGACAUCUAUUUACAG